GCGAGAGAGGUAGAAUGAAUGCUUUUGUGGCCGCUAGCUGAUAAGUGCUGAUGCAUUUUAACAGGAUGUAGCUGCGUGAGAGAGAAAAAAGACAGUCUCGUAACACAGCUACCAACAACAUGACAGUUUCCACAGCUAGGGCCAAAAGGAAGACUUUUUUUUGCAGGCUGUAUUAUGGCUGUAAUGAUGCCCGCUUUUAACGCGACCGGUAUUUGCUAAUCUGCGCUGUUUUAAAAGCAUCUCUAGAGUAUUUUUUAAAAUAAAACAUACAGUGGCAGCCACUGUAAUUAACAACAUUAAUCACAGAGAUUAAUUCUUGAAAGACGCAGGAAUGGCGACUCAAAACGACUGCUGUGUGAAGGUCUCUUUAAGGAUCCGGCCACAGAUGGCGAAGGAGAAGAUUGAGGGCUGUCAUGUCUGCACGCUGGUGACGCCCGGGGAGCCCCAGGUGCUGCUGGGAAAGGACAAGGCCUUCACCUACGAUUUUGUAUUCGACAUGGAUGCUCAGCAGCACCAGAUCUACUCCAACUGUGUGCACAAGCUGAUCGAGGGCUGCUUUGAUGGCUACAAUGCCACUGUCUUCGCUUACGGUCAGACGGGUUCUGGGAAGACGUACACUAUGGGGACUGGGUUUGACUUGAGUGUCUCUGAAGAGGAGCAGGGCAUCAUUCCGAGGGCUGUCCGACACUUCUUCCAGGGCAUCGAACAGCGCAGGAGGGAGGCCCAGGAGAGCAACACCCAGCCCCCGGAGUUCAAAGUCAGUGCCCAGUUCUUGGAGCUGUACAACGAGGAGAUACUGGACCUGUUUGACAGCACGCGUGAUCUUGACGCUCGGGGCAGGAAGUCCAAUAUUAAAAUCCACGAGGACAGCAAUGGGGGAAUCUACACCACGGGGGUCACUUCUCGGUUGGUCAGCUCAGAGGAAGAGCUGCUGCAGUGCCUGAAGCUGGGAGCCUUAUCCCGCACCACAGCCAGCACGCAGAUGAACGCCCAGAGCUCCCGGUCGCAUGCCAUUUUCACCAUCCACCUCUGCCAGAUGAGGGUGUGCAAGCAGCCGGAGAUGAUGAACGGAGAGGUGAACGGUUUGUCCAAUGGGCCCAUCGCGCAGCCCGAGUACGAGACGCUGAUGGCCAAGUUCCACUUUGUGGACCUGGCAGGAUCUGAACGGCUGAAACGCACGGGCGCCACGGGCGAGCGUGCCAGGGAGGGCAUCUCCAUCAACUGUGGCCUGCUGGCCCUAGGUAACGUCAUCAGCGCUCUCGGGGACCAGAGCAAGAAGGGAGGCCAUGUGCCAUACAGGGACUCCAAACUGACCAGGCUGCUGCAGGACUCCCUGGGAGGAAACAGCCGCACUGUGAUGAUCGCCUGCGUGAGCCCCUCGGACCGGGACUUCAUGGAGACACUCAACACUCUGAAGUACGCCAACCGCGCCAGGAACAUCAAGAACAAGGUGGUGGUGAACCAGGACAAGACGAGCCAGCAGAUAAGCGCCCUGCGGGCCGAGAUCGCAAGGCUGCAGACAGAGAUCAUGGAGUACAAGACGGGGAAACGUGUGGUCGGAGAGGAUGGGUCUGAGGGCUUCAGCGACCUGUUCCAGGAGAACUCCAUGCUACAGAAGGAGAACGACACUCUACGGAUGAGAGUAAAAGCCAUGCAGGAGACCAUUGAUGCACUCAACAACCGCGUCACGCAGCUGCUCUCCAAUGAGGUCAACCUCCUCUUGGCCAAGACUGGGGAUGGAAAUGAAGAGAUUGGAGCCCUCAUCCAGAAUUACAUCCGAGAGAUCGAGGAGCUCAGGUCCAAGCUCCUGGAAAGCGAGGCCAUGAACGAGUCUCUGCGCCGCAAUGUGUCGCGCCUCUCGGCCCGCUCGCCCUACCCUUCCUCGCAGGGGGCCAGCCCCGGCCUGCCCGCAGGCAGCUCGCCCUGCGUCUCCAUGGAGACGGAAGUGUCCGAUGUCAUCCGCCGGGCGAAGCAGGACAUCGAGAGGCUGAAGAAGAAAGAGCGAAAACAGAGGAGGAAGAGUCCAGAGAAGGAAGGGCUGAAGAAGAGAGCCAAGCUGCAGCCACAGGAAAACGGGGAGGUGGACUCAGAUGACAACGACCUGGAGGAGGAGCAGGAGGAGAGUGGCUGCGACGAGGAAGAGGAGGAAGAAGAGGGCCGGGAGGACGAAGAGUUUGAGAGCGAGGAGAGCCUGGAGGACUCAGAUUCCGACUCUGACGAGAAAGCGAAUUUCCAGGCGGAUCUGGCAGAGCUGACCUGUGAGAUCGAGAUCAAGCAGAAGCUGAUCGACGAGCUGGAGAACAGCCAGCGCCGCCUGCUGACACUGAAGCUGCAGUAUGAGGAGAAGCUGAUCCAGCUGCAGAACAAGAUCCGCGACACCCAGCUGGAGAGAGACCGCGUCCUGCACAACCUGAUGUCUAUGGAGAACUUCACAGAGGAUAAGGCCAACAAGGUGAAGUCGGAGUAUGAGAAGCGCCUGAAGGAGAUGAACAGGGACCUACAGAAGCUGCAGGCCGCCCAGAAGGAGCACGCCCGGCUGCUGAAGAACCAGAGCCGCUACGAGCGCGAGCUGAAGAAGCUGCAGGGAGAGGUGGCCGAGAUGAAAAAGGCCAAGGUGGCGCUGAUGAAGCAGAUGAAAGAGGAGCAGCAGAGGCGGCGGAUGAUCGAGGCCAAGAGGAACCGUGAGAUUGCACAGCUGAAGAAAGAACAGCGCCGCCAGGAGUAUCAAAUUCGGGCCCUGGAGUCACAGAAGAGGCAGCAGGAAAUAGUGCUGAGGAGAAAAACGCAGGAGGUGACGGCCCUGCGGCGCCUGGCCAAGCCCAUGUCGGAGCGCGUGGCCGGGCGGGUCCCCCGGCGCCUCCAGCCCCUGGACUCGGGCGCGGAGCUGUCGGCCAGCACCACCUCCUCCGAGCCAGAGUCGGCCCGCUCCGUCUCCAGCAUCGUGCGGCAGUGGAACAACAAGAUCAAUGGCUUCCUGGGCGAGAGCGAGCCGGCUGUCAAUGGAGCACGCACGCCCAGGAAGAAAUUCCAGAGGAAGGGGGUGGCCGGCAGCUUCUCCAAGACGGCUCGUCAGAAGUGGCAGGCCCUGGAGCGCAGGAUCAUGGACAUCGUCAUGCAGAGGAUGACCGUCAUCAACAUGGAGGCUGACAUGGACCGCCUCAUCAAGAAACGCGAGGAGCUGUCUGUCCAGCAGGAGGCGCUGCUGCGGAAGCGGGAGAGGCUGCUGAGCGACUCCCCGGAGGAGGAGGAGAGGCUGCUGCAGGAGAUGAACGAGGAGAUCGAGGUGCUCAACGCCAACGUCGACUACAUCAACGACAGCUUGUCCGACUGCCAGGCCACCAUCAUGCAGAUCGAGGAGACCAAGGAUGAACUGGACUCUGUCGAUACGUCCGUAGUCAUCAGUUCCUGCUCCCUGGCUGAAGCCCGCCACCUGCUGGACCAUUUUCUGAAGGCCUCAAUUGACAAGGGACUGCAGGUGGCUCAGAAGGAAGCCCAGAUCCGGCUGCUGGAGGGGCAGCUGAGACAGACGGAUGUGAUUGGCUCAUCUCACAACCACGUGAUUCUGGAUGCUCUCAGAGAGAAGGCUGAGUGCAACCCUGAGCUGCAGGCUCUCAUUCACAACGUCCAGCAGGAAAAUGGCUAUGCCAGUACCGAUGAGGAAGUGUCAGAAUUCAGCCAGGCGUCCGAGGGCAGUUUCUCACAGUCAUACCAAAUGAAGGUUUCAGCCAGUCAAGAUGACUUCAAGCAGAAGGGGGAGCCCCGGCUCUCUGCCCAGAUGAAGGCGGUGUCGGCGGAAUACUUAGGCCCUUCCCUGGACAUAUCCACCAAGAACAUCACCAAGUCCCUGGCCUCGCUGACCGAGAUCCGGGAGAACGGCAUGGGCUUCUCCCUCCGGGACCCCUACUAUCGGGACAAGGUGUCGCGCACGAUCAGCCUCCCCACUCGAGGAAAUACCUUUCCCAGGCAGUCCAGGGGCUCUGACACGUCUCCGCUGAUGCGAAGGAAGUCGUACGAUCGUGGACAGCCCUACAGGCCUGCUGACGUGGGGUACACCCCUCCUUCCUCCCCACCUCUGAGACCCCGAAAUGACCGCAAUGUCUUCUCCCGCCUCACCAGUAACCAGAGCCAGGGCUCGGCGCUGGACAAGUCUGAUGACAGCGACUCCUCUGUCUCGGAGGUGCUCAGGGGAGUGAUCAGCCCUGUGGGCGGGGUAAAGGGAGGCAGAACUGCACCCCUGCAGUGCGUCUCUGUGGCGGAGGGCCACUCCAAACCUGUGCUGUGUCUGGACGCCACAGACGAGCUCCUCUUCACUGGAUCCAAAGACCGCACGUGUAAGAUGUGGAACCUGGUGACAGGGCAGGAGAUUGUCACCCUGAAGGGUCACCCCAACAACGUGGUGUCGGUAAAAUACUGCAGCAGCUCCUGCUUGGUCUUCACCGUCUCUACCUCCUUCAUCAAAGUGUGGGACAUCCGUGACUCCGCGAAGUGUGUGCGCACCCUCACGUCCUCUGGUCAGGUUAUCUCAGGGGAUGCCUGUGCCGCCACCACAACCCGCACCAUCACCACAGCGCAAGGGGAGUACCAGAUCAACCAGAUCGCUCUGAACCCCUCUGGCUCGGUGCUGUACGCCGCCGCUGGCAACACCGUGAGGACCUGGGAUCUGAACAGGAUGCAGGCCAUCGGGAAGCUGACUGGUCACAUCGGCUCGGUGAUGUGCCUCACUGUGGGUCAGUCCAGUGGCUGCAGGGACCAGGUCAUCACUGGCUCCAAGGACCACUACGUCAAGGUGUUUGACGUUGCUGAAGGUACGGUGGGAAAUGUGGGUCCAGCCCAUAACUUUGAGCCGCCGCACUAUGAUGGCAUCGAAUGUCUGGCCAUCAACGGGGACAUCCUGUUCAGUGGCUCCAGAGACAACGGCAUCAAGAAGUGGGACCUCGAGCAGCAGGAGCUCAUCCAGCAAAUCCCCAAUGCCCACAAAGACUGGGUAUGUGCCCUGGCCUAUGUGCCUGGGAAGCCCAUGCUGCUCAGUGGCUGCAGAGGAGGCAUGCUCAAGGUCUGGAAUGUGGACAACUUCACCCCCAUUGGAGAGAUCAAAGGUCACGACAGCCCCAUCAACGCCAUCUGCACCAACUCCAAACAGAUCUUCACUGCAUCCAGUGACUGCCGGGUGAAGCUGUGGAAUUAUGUUCCAGGCCUCACGCCCUGCCUGCCUCGCCGCGUCCUGGCCAUCAAGGGUCGGGCCACUAGCCUGCCCUGAGCCUCUGCUAACCACCUCCUGCUAUUCUACCGCCCUCCUCCGUGACAUGUCGGUGAAGAUCUGGCUGGCGAAGAAGGCUAGGGUGAGGUGAUGUGGAGAUCAGUGGGUCUCUGUGGAAGUUCUUGGGGUCUCAUCUUUGGAUCUGCAGCUGAGUGGCAAGGGGCAGGUCUCUCCUUGGCCUCCUGCGCUGCUUUGGGGUCGCAGUGCAGCCAUCGGUUGGACGUUUCCUGAGCCUGACCAGCAGCCCAUUGAAUGAUUCACAGCUCCAUGUGGUCUCACCUGGUGGGCUCAGCUCUGGAAUCAAAGGCCCCACUUCUGUCUUCAUCACAAGGAAUGUGGAGAGGGAGGAGCAGUGGGAGGGCGUCUGUGUAAUGUCUUAUCUCUUCAUCUGACCGAUCAUCUCUUACUGAAACUGUUACUGUGGAGGAAAAUUGCCUUUGCACUAUUGCGUUGCAGCAAAUACCUUACAGCGGCACUAGGUCGGAGCACAAUGUUUCUGGAAAUGAAACCGGGCAAACGGAGAAAUUAAGGGGUUGGCUAAGGCAGUUUUUUUUAUGCUUUUCUAACUCACAAGUGCCAUCCUAUUUUGACUCCUCUCGGGCAAUAGAAUGAUGACACUGAAGAACUCGGUGGUCACCUUCAUGCUAUAGGGAGUAAAUCCCAGAAGACUUCAUCUGUAAUGUCUGAUGUAAUGACCCGUGUCCUCUACAAGCCCCGUUAAUGACUGGAAGUGCCUUUCCCUAGUUUGACAUGGAUAUUGAUGUAACACCUCCAGCCACAGCUGUUGCACUACUGCUGCUCUUCAUUCUUCUGUUUUUGGAAGGGACAACCUCCCCUUUCCAGAUUCGCACCAUAGCAAAGCUUCUGGCCAGGGAAAGGCACAUCUCAAACAGCUCGUCAUGCUCCCAGCCCUGCCUCUGACAGACAGUCCCUCCCUUUUCCUCCCUGCCUGGAAUUUUCCAGGGGUUUUUGAAGACCCUGACUGGGCAGCAUAAACUUGAGGCAAGGUUGGUCUUUUGUUUUAUCCUCUCUCCCGAUCUGGGUUCACCCGUGUAUUUUUGGACUUUGGAUCUGUAUUUGAAAGUCUGAAUCCAGUUUUGGUACUGUAGCUGUGAAGGCCGGAGUCAUGCCGUUGAAUAUUGAAUGAUCUCUCCUUCACCCAGGGUUGGGACAGAGGAAAACAGAUUUAACCUACCUUUAAUAUCAUCUUCUGACCGCUUUUGAGACAUUGUAAUGCACUAAUGGAGCCAAGAAAGUCGGUGCGCUUCACGUGUGUUCUUGGGGACAAAAAGCACAAACGCGCACAAAACAAAAUCGCCCUCCUUCCUGCUGACCAACUUUUUUUUCUGCACAUUUUUUUUUGCUUUCUUGUCAAAUUCAUUUGUUAGCUACCUCAAGCAGAGAAAAAAGCCUAAGGUACUCCUAAUACUUGACAGUUUAGUUAGUUGUUAUACCAUGUCUGAUUUCAGGCUCUUUCUUGUCUCAGUCAGGAUUAAGGACAUUGAGCCUUUUCUUUAUGGUUUUUCUCUCCUGACUAGUCUUGCUACUACAGCUUCUUCAUUUCAUUAUAUAACCAAGAUGGAAUCGGUAACAAAAUCAAGCUUGCCCAGCUGAACUAACUCUGCUUUGCUAUGAAGUGUGAGUUGUGCAAAAAUAGCCAGUGAUCACGUAUCGGUUUGGGCUGCUUUUAAUGUGCUGGUCGAGGUGAAACUUUGGACUGUUUUGCUGUUAUCUUGUUGCCAAGCAUUAAAGGUUUGUUUUUCCUGUUUUUCCAGCUUUGCAUUUAAGGUCAUUGAAGCAAGCCACUCAGUCAUAGAACAUUCGGGAAGAGUAUGUUCUCUGGUCGAAAGCAUCUGGAGGCAGGCAUUCAGUGCUUCCUAGUGGGUAAAAUUGCGACCCUAACCGUGCAAGGACCCAAUGCUCUUUGUGUUCACUGAAAAUGAAUAGUUAAGUCAUCGGGAGAUACAAAACUAAAAACAGUCGGCGAUGGACAGUUCAGACUUGGAUAUAAAUAAUAUAUUUGCUGGCAUAUCCUGCUGCACACAGCUUUUUCUCACAAAUGGGACUGGUUCUUCGGAAAUUGGGUUCUUUGAAGUUAAAUCCCAGGAUCAGGUUUUUGUUAUAGGUUAAUGUCCUCUGGCACAUAUCCUGACUUUGUAUCCAUAUGUGGCCUAGCAUAGGCUACAGGCAAAUGUGCCAAAGACAUAUUUUUUGCUUCCUGAAACACACUAUUCCAGAGGUACAGUUCAGGAAGUAAUGUGGAGAAUUAACCCUAGGGAACCUGGUUUUGGAGAAGUCUGAGAAAAACAUAUGCUUUGUGAAACAGUGUUGCAGAAUGUGUGACCAAGGAAUUGAUUCACAGUCUAGACUGAUGUCUAUUUUAUUCAUUUAGAAACCAUUUGAUAUAAUACAAGGACAUUAUACUUCAGAAGUGUGUUUCCAGUUUGUUGAUGGAUGAGGAUUUGGAUGGCUUAUUCUUGUGCUCAAUUUAAUGAAACAUUUUUAUGGCCGAUGCAGCUGAGAUGUUGUAGUUGUUCCUCAGCAGGUUUGUGCAUUUUUGACAUACAACUUGAAGAGUAGAACAAAUGAUUCUAUUUCCCAUUAUCAUGGGAAAAAAAUAAAAAUCAACUAAAAUAGACAUCUUAUUUUGUAGGACCUUAUAGAAUUUUAAAGGGUACUUUAAUGUUUUAAUAAAGAGGUGUUUGUUUCAUUGCCUGCUGUGAAGAGAAAUUUGCAGGAUUGUAGAUGAAAUUCUUUGGUUCUUUAAUUGGAUUGUAUCUCAAACAAAUUGUCAGUAGGUUAUCGAGACACUUUUAACAGCUUCCUAUUUCAAUAUUGCACUAAUGUUUGCAAUUGUUGGGGUGUAUUUUGGGACUUUGGGUAUUUGGAAAGUGUGACUGACCAGGCAAGGCAGAAACAGAUCCUUGGUCAUGCCUGAUCCUUGGUGUGCCGAUCUCUCAUAGUUCCAGUGACUGGUUGGGCCAGGGAUUGAUUUAACAGACUUGUUACCAGGACAGUCUGUGCCCCAGCUCUGCCUCUGUCUCGGCACAAUCUGAAACGGCGCUGCUUGCUCUCGGUGAUGCGCAACAUCUCGUCUCUGCGGGUUACUUUGAAUGAAAGGCUGCUAAGUAACAGAUUGAUUUUGAACUAAUUCUCAUGGAGCUGCAGCCCCUGCCUUUUGACUUGUUGUUCAAAGUGACCAGAAAUAUGUGCGUCACUAGAAAAUGCUUUUGUUUUUAACCCAGGAACCUACUUGAUCUGGCUUGAUAGCCAUUUUUUUUCAUCUGUUGAUGAGGACGGUGUGUAUUCAGCACUGCGCAGGUGUGCAAUUUUAGGAUUUUGGUCUUGAUUGAUUCCUUAAAUCAGACUAAAGAAUUGCUACUGGUGCUAAAAUGACAGGAGCAUCUGCUUUGCCAGAUUCAAGGAUGGAUGGAAUUUGCUCUCGGGACUGUCUUAAAUGGGAAAUCCCACGUCUGUUGCUUGUGCCUGAGAUGCUGAGAUACACUUUGACAGCAAAGCUUAGACAACUCAUUUAUCUCACUGUAAGAACUAGUUUAAGACAGUAUCCUCCACAGGCAAUGGCAGACAGAUGCUAGAAUGGGUUGAAUAAGUGGUCUAUAACCUAAAUGCCUACUUUUAUAGCCGUGCC